AUGCUUGCCACAAGACUGUCGAGACAACUAAGAGGAACCAGUGCUGUGCUUAGUUCACGAGCAUUUUGCAGCCCUACUGUUCCAACUGGUACAACUGGUACUGCUAAAGAACAAGAAAGUGUUUCUACAGAGGAUGCUGUUGUUAAAGUUAGCGGUUUCGCUAAGGCGUUUGAGAAACAAACUAAAAUGUUAGAUACAGAAGAUAAAGAACAAAAUUUUACCUUUGCAUCUUUACUUCGGCAUUCUAAAUUGAUGGACCUUGGUGACCCUACCAACAAAGUGGUCAUUGGUAAAAUAUUCCAUGUAGUUGAGGAUGACCUUUACAUUGACUUUGGAUGGAAGUUCCACUGUGUCUGCACGCGCCCAACUGUCCGAGGUGAUGAGUAUGUUCGAGGAGCGAGAGUGAGAAUACAGAUUAAGGACUUGGAGCUGUCUUCUCGAUUCUUAGGCUCUAGUACAGACCUUACGCUAUUGGAAGCAGAUUGCAAGCUCCUAGGGUUAAUAUCUACACCAAUCAGACCCACUACUACUGCUCCCGUAAGUGCUAAGUAA